AUAAAAAUAAUAAUAAGGUGAAAAGAUUAUCUGGUGUGAGCUGAAGAAGAAAGAAAACAAUGGCGAUGCUUCUACAAGUUCCUCCUUCUUCUUCUUCCUUGUUAAACACAAGAAACCCUAAAAUCCGAUUCUUCUACUCUCCAAUUCGAGUUUCGUCGACGAGAUUCAGAUGCAGAGCCGUCCGUGAGAAGGCCGAAGAGGUUGAGAAGAAGAACGCUUCGUCGUCGUCUUCUUCUCCUUCCUCCGCUGAGGAAGUUACCAAGAAAUAUGGACUCGAAGUUGGUUUAUGGAAGAUAUUGAGCUCUAAAGAUGAUGAAGAAAUUGAUGGAGAGAGCAACAAGAAGAAGAAGAAGUCGAAAACAGAUGAGGCUAAAGAGUUGCUUGCUAAGUAUGGUGGUGCUUAUCUCGCCACUUCAAUUACUCUUUCACUCAUUUCCUUUUCCCUCUGCUAUGUCCUUGUCACUUCCGGUGUUGAUGUUCAAGCUCUUCUUUUAAAGGUUGGGAUUUCGACGAAUGAGACAGGAGAGAAAGUAGGAGCGUUUGCGUUGGCUUAUGCAGCGCAUAAAGCUGCAUCCCCGAUAAGGUUUCCUCCUACCGUGGCUUUGACUCCUAUUGUAGCCAAUUGGAUUGGGAAGAAAGUGGACAAGGAAGAUGAAAAGUAGCUUUAUCUUGGAGGUUUGAAUAAAUAAUGUAGAUGUUAUACAUAUUAUAUUCACUAUACAAACAUUCCUGAAUCUUAACUUUUCUACCUUCUAUGUAAUAUGAUGAUGAGUUAGAAAGAUACAGAAGCCAAAGAGUGGUAGAAUAUAAGUUAGACUUGUCCAUUUGAGAUAUAUGGUUGGUCGUAGAUUAGGACUUUUACCCUUCACCUAUCUCUAGACAUCUGACUAGAGGCUGUAUUAGUAGUAGUCAAUGGUUGGGACUUGGGAAAGAUCUUUGUGAUAUAGUUUGGGUCGUGCGUUUGAAUUUUGUACUCUAUUUGUUACAUGGUGGAGUCUGUAGUGUUUUUCGUCAAA